AUGCUGCCAGCUGGACGGCCUCCAGGCCUACUGCGAGAGCUCCUGCGCGACCUGGCGCAAGCAACUGCGCAACGCCGACCACUGCCUCCUCUCCGCACCUUCUCGUCGGUCCAGGCUGCACACGCCCCCGUGCCCAAGCCCUCCUCCCUCCACCACCGCACCCUCUCUCCUCGCUUCCCCUCUCCGCCCUCGGCACCACCCGCAUCCGCACUAGCCCCGCCGCACACGCGCACCCUCUUCGGCAAGAGCGUCUUCAAGGUCGAUCGCCUGCGCGACGCCGUCCGCGACGCCGACUCGACCGAGGAGCGCGCCGCCGCCCAGGUCGCCCUCGCGCAGCACCUCUUUGCCUCGACGUCCGACCGCCUCGACCUCGUCAAGGAGGGCCUCGAGGCGUACGAGGACGGCGCGCAGCUGUGGGCCGGUCACGGCGCGCGCACCGACGUGCUCGCCGACGACGAGGCGUUCCGAGGGUACCUGCGCGCGCUCGCCACGGUUGCCGCCGCGCCCGAGGAGAGCGACAGUACGGUCGCGAGCACGUUUGACAAGAUUCAGCAGGCGCCCGCACGCCGCGCGCAGCUCCUGUCGACGUCGUCCGCCGCCGCCACCUCGUCCACCCCUGUCGCCGCGUCCACCUCCGCCGCCGCCGCCACAAGCCCGUCCGACUCGUCGUCUUCGCCCGCACCCGUACCCGCCGCACCCUCGACCUCGCACGCCGCCGACGCUGCGGCGCCGUCUCCCGCCGCACCGGCGAUUGCCCCCUCGACCCUCAUCUCGGCCCUGUUCUCCGGCAACGCGGCGCGCGGCAAGGGCGGCGAGGCCAAGAUCCAGUCGCUCGGCUCGUUCGCUGGCUGGGGUGCUGCGUCGGGCAAGGCGGCCGCCGGCGGCGCCGAGCCGAUCCGCGUCGUCGUCGAGGAGGCAAAGAGCCCGCUCCUGUGGCGGUUCCUCAAGUUUGUCGCCGUCACCGCCCUGUACUCGUUCCUCCUCCUGUCGCUCCUGUCGCUCCUGAUCGACUCGUCGGGCAUCCUGCGCGCCGGCGCCCAGUCGCAGCCGUUCGCGCCGACGGCCGCGCCCAACCCGGACGACCCGAACGGCCGCGGUACGACGUUCAAGGACGUGCACGGCGUCGAGGAGGCCAAGACCGAGCUGUACGAGAUUGUCGAGUUCCUCAAGGACCCGGAGCGCUUCUCGCGCCUCGGCGGCCGGCCUCCUCGCGGCGUCCUCUUGACUGGUCCUCCUGGCACGGGCAAGACGCUCCUCGCUCGCGCCGUCGCCGGCGAGGCGGGCGUCCCCUUCUUCUCGGCGAGCGGGUCCGAGUUUGACGAGAUGUACGUCGGCGUUGGUGCGCGCCGCAUCCGCGAGCUGUUUGCCGCGGCGCGCAAGCAAGGGCCGGCCAUCAUCUUCAUCGACGAAUUGGACGCCGUCGGCGGCAAGCGGUCGCCCAAGGACCAGAGCUUCCACAAGCAGACGCUCAACCAGCUCCUCACCGAGAUGGACGGCUUUGCGUCGACCGAGGGCAUCAUCCUCAUCGGCGCGACCAACUUUCCCGAGAGCCUCGACAAGGCGCUCGUGCGCCCCGGCCGGUUCGACCGCCACGUCGCCGUGCCGCUCCCCGACGUUCGCGGCCGCAUGGAGAUCCUCAAGCACCACAUGCGCAACAUCCUGUACGACAAGAAGACGGACCUGAGCAUCAUUGCGCGCGGCACGAUCGGCUUCUCGGGCGCCGACCUGCAGGCGCUCGUCAACCAGGCCGCCGUCAAGGCGUCGGCCGAGAACGCCGACGCGGUUCGCCCGAGUCACUUUGAGUGGGCCAAGGAGCGCAUCAUGAUGGGCGCCGCCCGCACCAGCGCCUACAUCACGGACGAGAACAAGCUCGCUACGGCCUACCACGAGGCUGGCCAUGCGCUCCUCGCCAUCUACACCAAGGGCGCCUACCCGCUCCACCUCAUCACGGUCGUCCCUCGUGGCAACGCCCUCGGCUACACAUCAAUGUUGCCCGAGGCGGAAAAGAACUCGCAUUCGCUCCUCGAGUACCGGGCCAAGCUCGACGUGGCGAUGGGUGGCCGCGUCGCCGAGGAGAUCAUCUACGGCGCCGACAACGUGACGGACGGCGCGUCUUCCGACAUCUCGUCUGCGACCAACAUUGCGACGAGCAUGGUGCGGCGCCUCGGCUUCUCGGACGCGGUCGGCCCCGUCGCGCACACGGGCCAGGCGAGCGACGGCGAGCCGCAGCCGUCCGAGGAGACGCUGCGCGUCAUUGACGGUGAGAUCCGGUCGCUCGUCGAAGGGGCGCAGGAGCGCGCGAGGGCGUGCUUGACGGCCAAGAAGGUCGAGCUCGAGCGGCUCGCGAGGGCGCUCGUCGAGUACGAGACGCUCGACAGCGCAGAGGUGCAGAAGGUGAUCAAGGGCGAGCCGAUCCAGCGGACGGGGCUCGAGUGAGGGGUGGGGCGAGGCUCUUGUUCCCGCCGCGUGUAGUGACAGCAACUUGACUAGAAGCAAUGUACCGUAGUCUCCCCUUUU